AUGACCGACACUGCCCCCCUAGCAUCUUUGUCGUUGACGCACGUUCACUAUGAUCCCAACGAUCCGGUGUCCUACUUCUGCGCAUGGCUGGCCCUCGUUCCCCAAGGGCUCUGCGUUGUCUACGCAACCCUGAUCUGGUCAACUCGCGAGAUGGAGAUUCUCAUGAUGUUUGGAGGGCAAAUGGCGUGUGAAGCUUUGAACUUUGCACUGAAGAGGAUACUGAAGGAGGAGAGACCGAAACAGAUGCAUGGGAAGGGUUAUGGAAUGCCAUCUUCGCAUGCUCAGUUCGUGUCAUUCUUCUCGUUGAGCUUCACGUUAUUUCUCAUCUUUCGACAUGUUCCAAAGAAGCCUACACCUUCGCAUACCCCGUUGACCAUGGCUUCGAGAGUGUUAUUGUCUGGGUUGGCGAUUGCGAGUGCUGGUUUAGUUGCUUGGAGUAGGAUAUAUUUGAAUUAUCAUACGGAGAAGCAGGUUAUGGUUGGAUGUCUCGCAGGAUCUUUGAGUGCCGUAUCGUGGUUCAUAAUCACGACUAUAGUGAGACAGAGUGGGUUGUUAGAUUGGAUCCUUGAGCAAUAUCUUGUCAGAUUAUUUAGAAUGAGAGAUCUUGUUGUUGAGGAGGAUCUUUGUCAAGCUGGUUGGGAGAAGUGGGAGACAAAGAGGAUGUCGAACAAGGGUUCAAAAGGGAAGAAGUCAAGAUGA